AUGCAGGGCGACUACAGUGCAGCCGUAGCGGCACUGAACACACUGCAGAGCAACUUCUCCAUCGUCGACGCCAUUCGCAAGUCUGGAAGAGGCAUGAACCAGAAUGCCAUCCCGGAGAUGAUUGAGUGGGUCAAGAAGCUGGGCUACGAGCCCGCCGACUUCGACAGAUUGAACGCCGUCCACGUCGCCGGAACCAAAGGAAAAGGCUCCACUAGCUCCUUUGUCUCGUCCAUCCUCGGUCAAUACGUCGCAGAGGCCAAAGUCACCAAGACGGGCCUUUACACUUCACCCCACUUGCGAUUCGUGCGCGAGCGCAUCCAGAUCGACAACAAGCCCUUGACUGAAGAGCAAUUUGCCAAAUACUUCUUCGAGACUUGGAACAGACUCGAAGCUGCUGCCAAAGCCGCCGGCCAUGCCGAUCCCACCAGCAAAGAGACCAAGCCCGUCUACUUCCGCUUCUUGACCUUGAUGGCUCUGCACACGUAUAUCAGCGAAGGCGUGGAUGCUGCUGUCAUCGAGUGCGGUAUUGGAGGCGAGUUUGACAGCACAAACAUCCUUGUCAAGCCCAGCGUCACAGCAGUCACGAGUCUGGGCAUCGAUCAUGUUGCCAUGUUGGGCGAUACGAUUGACAAGAUUGCCUGGCACAAAGCUGGUGUCUUCAAGCCCGCCGUCCCUGCUUUCUCCGCCCCUCAGCCUGAAGAAGCCAUCAAAGUUCUCCACGAGCGCGCUGCCGAACGCAACACCAAGCUCGAAGUUGUCGACGUCCAUCCUGAACUCGCCAAUAUUAAGCUCGGCCUAGCCGCAGACUUCCAAAAGACAAAUGCCUCUGUCGCCAUUGCCGCCGCCGCUGCAUACCUGCGUCGCGUAGGCGUCGAGGACCUACCAACCUCCACAUACCUGCCCACCGCCUUCCGCAGAGGCCUUGAGGAUGUCCACCUAGGCGGCCGCUGCGAGACACGCACAGACACAACCACUCCAAACCUGAAAUGGCACAUUGACGGCGGCCACACACUCGAGAGCAUCGAGCUAGCCGCCACUUGGUUCGGCAGCCUGAUCUCCUCAUCGCCAAACUCAACCACCCGCAUCCUGAUCUUCAACCAACAAACCCGCGAUGCGUCCUCACUGGCUCUGAAACUCCACAGCACUCUGGCAUCUGCAUUGGCAGACCAAAAGCCAUUUUCGCACGCGUUCUUCUGCACGAAUACUACCUACGCUGAGUCGGGCUUCCGUCCUGAUCUUACUAGCAUCAAUACCAAUGCUUCUGAUGUGGAGACGCUGAGUGUGCAAAAUGCUCUGGCGGAAACUUGGAAGGGUGUAGAUGGGUCUUGUGAUGUGCGUGUGUUCAGAACUGUCGAGGAAGCUGUAAAGGCUGCUAGGGAGGCUGCUGGCGAGCAGAAAGAGGAAGUUAUGGUGCUUGCUACCGGUAGUCUGCAUCUGGUUGGUGGUGUGGUCGAAGUGCUUGAGGGUGGUAAUGCUUAG